GGCGACCCGCCUCCCCACGGGGGGAGGCUGCAUGGGCCACCGCUCCCUGCGUGGUCUUCUGCCUCUGCUGCUGCUGCUGCGGCCGCCACCCUCCCGGGCCGGGCCCCGGACGCUCAGCCUGGAGUCCGUCCCGCCGUCCAAGCGACCCCGCGGCAGCCGCAUGGCACCGCCCCGGAUCGGGACGCACAACGGCACUUUCCACUGCGAUGAGGCCCUGGCGUGCGCCUUGCUGCGCCUCCUGCCCGAGUACCGGGACGCAGAGAUCGUGCGGACCCGGGACCCCGAAAAACUGGCCGCCUGUGACAUCGUGGUAGACGUGGGUGGCGAGUACGACCCGCAGAGACACCGAUAUGACCAUCACCAGAGAUCUUUCACAGAGACCAUGAGCUCCCUGUCUCCUGGGAAGCCGUGGCAGACCAAGCUGAGCAGUGCGGGACUCAUCUAUCUGCACUUCGGGCACAAGCUGCUGGCCCAGUUGCUGGGCACUAACGAAGAGGACAGCAUGGUGGGCACCAUCUAUGACAAGAUGUACGAGAACUUCGUGGAGGAGGUGGAUGCAGUGGACAAUGGGAUCUCCCAGUGGGAGGAGGGAGAGCCUAGAUAUGUGCUGACCACCACACUGAGCGCCCGGGUUGCUCGGCUUAAUCCUACCUGGAACCAGCCCAACCAAGACACCGAGGCCGGUUUCAAGCGUGCAAUGGAUCUAGUUCGAGAGGAGUUUCUGCAGAGAGUGGGCUUCUACCAGCACAGCUGGCUGCCAGCCCGGGCCUUGGUGGAAGAGGCCCUGGCCCAGCGAUUCCAGGUGGACCCAAGUGGGGAGAUAGUAGAACUGGCCAAAGGUGGAUGCCCCUGGAAGGAGCACCUCUACCACCUGGAAUCUGGGCUGUCCCCUCCGGUGACCAUCGCCUUUGUUAUCUACACUGACCAGGCUGGACAGUGGCGGGUACAGUGUGUGCCCAAGGAGCCCCACUCAUUCCAGAGCCGGCCUCCAUUUGCUCCCACCAACUUCCUCUUUCUGCUCACUUGUAGGCUGCCCCUGCCAGAGCCAUGGCGGGGACUUCGGGAUGAGGCCCUGGACCAGGUCAGUGGGAUUCCUGGCUGCAUCUUUGUCCACACCAGCGGCUUCAUUGGUGGGCACCACACCCGAGAGGGUGCCUUGAGCAUGGCCCGUGCCACCCUGGCCCAGCGCCGAUGAGUCCCACAAAUCCCCUACCCUAAUAAAAUGCCAUCUGUCUCAUAUUGAUCAA